UAAAGGGCCAGUACACCGCAAAGUGGCGUUUUCAACAAAUCGCCUCCUUUCUUGUCGACGUGCGGAAUGGAUUACACGCCACAUUGAUACAUCGGGCGUUUUAAAUACGAGACGGGCAAACAAGACGACGAGUGGCGGCGUAAAAACGCUGGAAGUGACCGCCGAGCGCAUCGGCCGUUUUUUACCGCAGUGCAUCCGCAGCAUCCUCUCGACUGAGAGGCGACAAGUGCUGUGCUGUGGCGCAGCAACAUCGCUGGAAACCAAGCACAGGACGGAUCUAUUCUUCAUCUCUUGUUAGAUAGAUGACAUCUUCCCAAAAAGAGGACAUUACUCCCACCGUAGAAGAAGGCCUCUAAAAUUGGGCACAGUAAAACGGGUUUAGGGAUUAAAUAUUUUUAAUCAGGUUUGCGCUAAAUACCAUUUUAAUGCAUGCCAAUUCAAACUUGCAUGAAUAUUUCCGAGCACACUACCGGGAUUUGUGCGUGUGUUCCCUGCAGGCAGCUUUAAUGGCGUCCCUGUGCAUCCCUCGUUAGGAAAAAAACAAACCCAGGGGGGAAAGUCAUCUAAUUUCAGGGUGAAUAUAUCCGGGAAACACUGUGAGUCAUCACUCCACCUGGAAUGUUUGACAAAAAGUCUCCCAUCAAUUAAAAGUCCGCAGCAAUAAUUAACCAGCAGGGCUGAAGAAGGAAAAGGAGGAUAUUUUGCACAUUACAAUGCAUGCUAGUUGAAUUAUUUACUAUUGUAGUCUGCAUUUAAGUCUGCAGUGUUCUUAAGAUAAAAGCAUCAAUAGCAAUCAAUAAGUAGCCCAUCAUCCAAUAACAUGACGUCAACCCAUACCCUGCUCCUUUUCCUCUCCUGCACAUUGUUUGUGCACCAGUGUCACGGGGCGUGUGCGGAGGUGGACUCGGACACAGAGGCGGUGGCGGGCAAAGGCUUCAAACUGGGCUGCAUCUCCUGCAAGAAGAGGAGUGAAGUCAAAGCCGCCGCCUCGGUGGAAUGGUACUUCCAGGCCGAUGGGGAGGUUGACUUUGUGCAGAUCUACACCUACGAGGAUGGAUCCCCCACUGAAAAUGAGCACUUUAAAGGCCGCCUGGAUUGGAACGGAACCAAGAGGAGCAGAGACAUCCAAGACGCGUCGAUAUAUUUGCUCAACGUCACCUUCAACGACUCGGGCACGUACAGCUGCUUCUUCAACCGCAUCCUCAGCUUCGACAACUACGAGUAUACCACCACCAUCAACAAAGUGGUCCGCCUCACUGUGGUGGCCAAAGCCACCAGAGGCACGGCAUCCAUUGCGUCCGAAGUCAUGAUGUACGUGUCCAUCAUCGGCCUGCAGGUGUGGCUCCUCAUCGAGAUGAUAUACUGCUACAGAAAAAUAUCAGCAGCCGGGGAAGAAGCGUUAAGAGAAGCCGCGAAUGCGGAAUAUUUAGCAAUUGCCUCAGAAAGUAAAGAUAACUGCGCAGGGGUGCAGGUUGGAGAAUAGCAAAAGGCUUCCAACUGGGACUGAAAAGAUCCUGUGAUAUGUCCCGCUAACUGCAUGAAAACAACUUUGUAGGGGGGGGUGGUAGAACAGACAUCACCUUCAUCCUAAGUCUUCUGUUGUAUCUUCCCUUUUCCUCCAUAAAGACCUCAAAUGCACAUGAAGCACAGCGAGAGAGAAGAGGCAGCAUGGUACCAGCACUGUAAAUAUUUUGCUACGCACAAAAGCAUUAUGCAUUAAUGAGCCACAUUGUCACAAGCAUACAAAGUAUUAGCUCCACAUACUGGACAUUUAUGAAAUGUACUGUUUGUGAACGGAAGCUUUCUACUAACCCACCACCAGCCCAAUGUAUGAUAAACACCCAAUAUGUAUGUUAUUCAUGAAAUAGAACGUGGUGAACUAUGAUGGAAAACUCCCAUGCACCACAUCCAAACAGUCUACAUGUGCUUUGUGGACUUGGAGAAGGCAUUCGACCGUGUACCCCGGGAAGUCCUGUGGGGAGUGCUCAGAGAGUAUGGGGUAACGGACUGUCUGAUUGUGGCGGUCCGCUCCCUGUAUGAUCAGUGUCAGAGCUUGGUCCGCAUUGCCGGCAGUAAGUCGGACACGUUUCCAGUGAGGGUUGGACUCCGCCAAGGCUGCCCUUUGUCACCCAUU